AUGAAGGAUUUGGGCCCACUACAUUACUUUUUGGGUAUUGAGGUCGCCUCCUCUCUGAAAGGUUACCUUCUCUCUCAGUCUAAGUAUAUUGCUAUCAUAUUUGAACGUGCUCGUCUUACUGAUAAUAAGACUGUGGAUACACCUCUUGAACUUAAUGCUCUGUAUUCUUUUUUUGAUGGUUCUCUUUUGUUGGAUCCUAGCUUAUAUCGUACUGUUGUUGGUAGCUCGGUUUAUCUUAUUAUCAUCCGUCCAGAUGUUGCACAUGUUGUUCAUGUGGUUAAUCAGUUUGUUACUUCGUCUACCACCGUCCAUUGGGCUGUUGUUCUUCGUAUUUUGAUACGCUCAGAUGCUCAGGCACUCGGACGCUCGGACGCUCGGACGCUUGGAUGCUCGAACAUUCGGACCCUCGAACAUUCAGAUGUUCGGAUGCUUGGACACUCGGACGCUCAGGCAAUUGGAUGUUCGGACACUCGAAUGCUCGGGUGCUCCAACGCCCAACUCAUUAGUGUUCGGACUUUGCAUAGUCACGUGGCAUAA